ACAGACAGAUGGUUGGUGUCAGGUCACAUUUCUUACAGAACAGAGAAGCAAAAAGAGCCAGAAGGAGCUGACACUUUGACGGACUCCGCUGACACAUAGCAGCAAAAUUAACAGACAACACUCAUGGAGCAAAACAGCACUUCCCCCCUGUUCCCUGGCAACCACAGCCACGGCAACAGCACCUGUUCCCGAGACAACGUUUUGAAGACGGUGGUUUUUCCUGCCCUCUACUCCGUCCUCUUCCUGCUGGGGCUGUCUCUCAAUGCCAUGGCGGUGUGGGUGUUCUUUCGCAUCCCCUCACAGUCUCACUUCAUUAUAUACCUGAAGAAUAUUGUGAUUGCGGAUAUCAUCACGACCUUCACAUUCCCAUUCAAGGUGCUAUCGGACUCCAACCUGGCCUCCACUGGGCUGCGUAUAUUUGUGUGUCGAUUUUCCUCGGUGAUGUUCUACCUCACCAUGUAUAUCAGUAUCCUCUUCUUCGGCCUCAUCAGCAUCGAUCGCUGCAGGAAGACCCUCAGACCCUUUAAGGGGACUAAUGCAGCCAGGCUGGCCCAUCGGAAGCUCCUUUCAGGGGCCAUCUGGAUCAUUCUGUUUGCUCUGUGUCUGCCCAAUGUGAUCCUGACCUGUAACACUCCAAAGUCUAAAUACUUCAAGUGCAGUGAUCUGAAGACGAAGGCUGGGCUGUACUGGCAUGAGGUGGUAAAUCAUGUCUGUCAAGUCAUUUUCUGGGCCAUCCUGGUGACUGUAGUAGUGUGUUACACUUUAAUCACCAAAGAACUGUACAAAUCCUACUCCCGCAUUAAGUCUCACAACACUCCAGGGACUAUAUGUCAAGCACCAAGCAAGGCAACAACUCAGAAGCCCCACCAGAGCAAAAGAAAAAUGAAUGCAAAUGUAUUCCUGGUUCUGGGGGUGUUCUUCGUGUGCUUUGUGCCGUUUCAUUUUGCCCGUGUGCCGUACACCAUGAGCCAGACCCGAGGGGUUCUCUUUGACUGUAAACUCAGGCUCUUCUUCUUUCAGCUGAAGGAGAGUACACUCUUUUUUAACUCCCUUCUGGACCCUCUCAUCUACUUUUUCCUCUGUAAGUCCUUCAGGACCACUCUGUUCAAGACUCUGCAGCUGUCUCCAGGUACCUGUAGCUGGCUAACAGGGAGAGGGUCAGACUCGGACAUAGAGACGCCCCCUGUGAGAAACUCCUCUGCCUCUACAUAAAAACACUGAACACAGCAAAGACCUGUGGUGGCUGAGUGUGCACGCUCUGUGACCAGAUUAGCUUGAGUUGAUUAUAAUGUGCCCUGCUGGACCUGGAUCAAAUCCUAACUAAAUAUUAGUAAGUGACAGACACAGUGAUGUAUUUUCAUUUGCAGUACUCAGCGUGGUGACCGGGAUUGCAGUUUGUCCUAGAGGUGAGAAUGAAACGUCACGGCACAUAUCUGUGUUCAUGAUAGUCACAAAAUGAUCCUAAUACCAUGUCUUUAAAAACUGCAGGUUUAACAUUGUAACUAACAGCAAUCAGUUUCUUUUUUGUUGUGUGGGAAAACACUGAAUUUCCAGUAAAAGAUGUUCAAACAUAUAAAAACAAAAAAUACAAAUAUCUGCUGAUUGUUUUCCUUUCUGUUCCCUUUUCUAAUCAAUAACACGUUUCUCUUCAUAUUCUUGAAAAGAAGAACUGUGAAGUAUUUUUUUUCAAUAAGCAUCCAUUUCAUUUCAAGGACACACAUGAUAAAAAAAAAUUGUCUACCUACAUAAAACUAAGUCGUUAUAAAUUGUCACAGCCAUAAGCAUUAAACCAUUUACAACAUCAUUUUCCAGACCUAACCAAUCCUGAACCCUACUCUCACCCAAGCAAAAACAGAUGUGUGGCCUGACACACAGCAUCUGCAUUGUAUUUGCUCAGGUGAAGUAGUGGCUGGUCCAACUGGCUUGUAAUGGCAGUCACCU